AUGGGCUUAGAUGAAGCCAUGUUCGAGAAAGUUGCGUCCUCAACAAAAGCUAAGGAAGUUUGGGAGAUUCUCGAGAACAAUUUCAAGAGAAUUGAAAAAAUGAUAAAGGUUCACCUUCAAAUCCUUUGUGGGGAAUUCGAAUCUCUGCACAUGAAAGAGUCUGAAUCUGUCUUUGACUAUUUCACUAGAGUGUCCUCCAUUGUCAAUCAUAUCAAGCGGUACGGGGAGAAUAUUGAAGAAAGUUGUGUCAUCGAGAAAAUUCUUAGAUUGCUUGACUUAAAACUUGAGUUUGUUAGUACUGCCAUUGAAGAGCCUAAUGACUUCGAUAUCAUGACCCUUGAUCAACUCAUGGUUCCAAGAUCAUCGCAACAAAAUGGUGUUGUGGAGCGGAAGAAUAGAACCAUCCUCGACAUGAUUCGUAGUAUGCUUAAGAGCAAGAGUAUGGAGAAUGAGUUUUGGUCCGAGACUGUUACAUGUUCCGUGUAUUUAUCUAAUCUUUCCCCUUCGGGAAGUGUUCAAGACAUGACUCCACAAGAAGCUUGGAGUGCUAAGAAACCUAGUGUUUCUCAUUUACGUAUUUUUGGUAGUAUUGCCUAUAUUCAUGUGUCAGAUGAGAAGAGAUUAAAACUUGAUGAGAAAAGUAAGAAGUUUGUUUUCAUCGAUUAUGAUGCAAACUCUAAAGGCUACAAGUUUUACAAUCCUUGCAAUGGAAAGAUUGUUAUUAGUAGAGAUGCAAAAUUCAACGAAGGAAGUUCGUGGAGUUGGAAUGUUCCGAAAAAUGAAGAAUACAUUAUUUUUCCUUUCCAAGAAGGAGACUCUAGCCAAAACGCAAGUGAAGAUGCCACUCCACCGCAUUCUUCUGCUCCUCAAUCUCCUCAUGAUAGUCCCUCCAAAGGACAGAGUCGUAUCAGAAAUCUUGCAAAGAUUUAUGAAGAAACUGAAAUUGUUGAUAAUCCAUCUUUGUUUUGUGUCUUCGCUGACACCGAGCAUUGA